AUGAUUUUCCGUUUGUUCAUAUUGCUACCGGUGUUGGUGGUUGCACUAUUCCUUUACGGUGCAAUCGUAAACAUCGGCUACAUCGAGGAGAAUCGUUGCCGUAUGACCUACAUGUUUGAACAUCCGCAGUACACCCGGCUUCCGGUGCAGGGUAACGAACGGUUCCCGAAGUAUGGACUGUACGCGUACUCGGAGGGUUUCAUCACGCAGCGUGUCCAGCAGCGCAUCUUUACCGGUGCACCGGUACUCUUCGUGCCCGGAAGUGGUGGUUCGUACAAGCAGGUGCGCUCCCUUGCUUCGGUAGCACUGCGGAAAGGAAUCGACAACAAUUGGCAAGCGCAUUUGGACUAUUUUAGCGUUGAUCUGAAUGAAGAACUGUCCGGCGUGUAUGGUGGGUUUUUGCAGGAUCAAACGGAAUUUCUCGAACUGUGCGUACAAGAGAUUGUCCGGCUGUAUGGUGCACGGGGUCGUUCCACUCGCAUGUUUAUUAUCGGUCAUUCGGUUGGUGGAAAACUUGCUCAGGCAGUCGUUGCUCACGGAACGGGAACACGUGGAAGUAUCGAUCGACAUGUGGCGGGUAUAGUAACGUUAUCGGCACCAGUCGAUAAGCCGGUCGCACUGCUGGACCAUUAUCAUCACAAUUUCUACGACCGUAUCGAGCAAGCAUGGAGAGCAAACAGAUCCGUAACGGGGGGAUUCGAAUCAUCCUCACGAAAGUUAUCGCUGGAUGGGAUCCUUUUCCUCACGAUCGGUGGCGGAAUUCGCGAUAUCAUUGUGCACGACGGACUGACCUCUUCGCGUUACGCCGAUUUGCACGCCAUGACGCACAACAUUCCCAACGUGUGGCUUUCGGUUGAUCAUCUGUGUGCGAUGUGGUGCCUACAGUUUGUGCUCGUUAUGAAUCGUUUCCUGUUCAGUAUGGUUGUACCGCAAGGGCGCGGUAGCUUUGGAUUCGUCGACAGGAAACAGAUCCAGCUGGAGAAAGCGAUACGUUUUCUAGCCCAACCGUAUACCAGCAUAUUAGACGAUGAUGACGACGAAAUGGGAAAUUCUGCAAUGCUUAAAGGACAAGAAUUUCUGAUACAACAUCAUCCGGAGCAGGAAGAUUGGAUCGAAGAUAUAAGACGCUCUUUUACCGAACGUUAUCGUGCCGGAUUGGAUCGUACACGGGUUCAGAUGAUUCGUCUUGUACCGGACAAACCGAUCCAUCGAUUCCUACGUGUAGAGGUUAUUAAUUCGGAACAAAGUCACUGGUUGUCUGGAUGCUCGGCAGUAGAAGUUUACGGCAACUCUCGCAUGUGCCAGAAGGCGGUUUCGCUCGCUAAUUACACGUUGCCAGUUCCAUCGUCUAAAUUUGAUCGUUACGGAGCGUUGCUAGAUUUGAAUGAGCUAAAAAGCCGUUAUCCGUCAUGGACGCACGUGUUGGUCAAGAUACCGCGUACUAUGAAACCGGUCCAGUUCAGUGUGGAUAUCUUUAAUCCGGAUGAACGUGUGAUAAACCUUACCAUGCCGUACUGGUUCGAUCAUCGCUUGCACACUAUCCUGCAGGACGCAUCACCGGACGAUUCGUUUUAUAGGAUUAAUAUUCUCGGUAUGAAGCACACUUAUCAGACGAUUGCUCUGGAUCUAACGGCCAUGGCGUGUGGUGGCGUUAAGGGCACCGUGGUCGUGAAAGUACACGUGCCAUGGGCGACCGGAUACGAUCGCUACGCCUUUCACGAGGACUUAAAUCAGACUACCGUAUACAUUUACCCACCGAUUGAGAAGCCACCGGAAGGAGAAAACGAAGAACAGGAGGUGCCAAUACAGCUAGACGUUCAUCUUACACCCGGUUGCAAAUAUCGUAUACGUUAUGCUCAGUCGUUCCGUGUCAGUAUUGCCCGUAUUGUGCAGCAACAUCUUGUGCUCCUGCCGGCACACUGCAUCGGCCUAUUGCUGCUCGCCUUUAAGGAACAACUUUCCCAAACGGCCCCCGAUGAUCCGACCUUCGUCGUCGGCAAGUUGCGCAGCUCGUUAUCAAAACCCGGCCCACUAGUAAUGUUGCUAGCGACUACUUCGUUCAUUGCCAAGUUUCUUACCCUAUUUAAAUCUAUUCCACGUGUUGAAAUGCUAACCACCCCGUUGAUUGUUACAAUCCUUAUCCAUCUUGCCUCGCUCGGUCUACUCAUUAUAGCUACACUUGCUCUGUGGGGUUCAAUCGCAUUCUGUGCCAAUUUUGCCCACAAAAUAAUCUUACGAUUGAUAGCCCUUCCGAUACCGGUCAUGUCGUCGACAUUUUUGUCCUGCAUCCACAAAUUCCCGCUCGCCAUUGCCGUACUACUGAUUGCGAUUGCACUGACUGCUUGCGGUGGUGUCAGUUUGUUGUGUGCAGCAGCCGUUUACUUUGUGCUGCUCUCGAAAGCGUACGAAGAUUAUUUGGAAAAUUUUGUAUUUCAUACGGCGCGCAAAAUUGCCGCCCGCCUGUUCGGUGCACGGGAACAAACCGACCGCCGUGAUAGUAAGAAGCGGCACCGCAGACGACCGGCCAACGAAACGGGCGACGAGCUGAUGGUGAUCAAUUUUCAUUUGCCCCUGUUUUUGUUGGUGAUUUUGUUGGCCCUGCUAAAUGUGCCAAGUGUUAUUACUUGGGCCAAAAACUAUCACUACGCAAACACGUUGCAACCGGAUCCAUCGUUAGUGCCGGCACUGAUUGUGCUAGUGUGUUUGGCUGUUCUGUGGCAGCUAAACACGCCGCGAAACGUUUACGGGUACGAACUAUUGGCUGCCUUGCUGGUUAUAGUGGCCUUCGUAUCGGUGCUGUAUUGCCAAGUGCACGUAUACCGACUUAACUAUUUAAUAGGAUUAGUAUUUCUCGCUAUUACCGUACACCAAAUAAUUGCGCCAAAGCGACGCGAGCUGGUCGCCGAGGAGAAGGAGCAGGAAGAGAUAGAGCAGCAGAUGGAGGAGGAGAAUAAGGAAGCAAAUUAG